GCAGAAGAUCCACAGACGCCAUGGCAUCUGUCAACCAACUCUUCUCUCUCGAGGGUCAAACCGCCCUAGUAACAGGUGGAACGCGAGGAAUCGGUCAGUCUAUGGCCGUUGCGCUCGCAGAGGCAGGGGCAGACAUUCUUCUUGUCCAGCGCGACACAUCCAACCAAUCCACCAAGCAAGCAAUUGAAUCGCUCGGUCGCAAAGCUACAAUCUACACCGCGGACCUCGCCUCCAAAUCCUCUGUCGCCGCCCUCCUCCCUGCUAUCCUCAAAGAUGGCCACAGGAUCCACAUCCUGCUCAACUGCGGCGGAAUCCAAAGGCGCCACCCUGCACACCAAUUCCCAGAUGACGACUGGGAAGCAGUACUGCAAGUCAACUUGACCUCUGUCUUCCAACUCGCCCGUGAUGUAGGCGCGCAUAUGCUCGCUCAAAACGCCGAUCUGCCACUUGGACGACGCGGCAGCAUUAUCAACGUUGCGUCACUCUUGACUUUCCAGGGUGGCAUUACGGUGCCUGCAUAUGCAGCGUCAAAGGGUGGUGUAGGUCAGCUUACCAAGGCGCUUUCGAAUGAGUGGGCGAGCAAGGGCAUUAGUGUCAAUGCUAUUGCGCCUGGGUACAUUGCGACGGAUAUGAACGAGGCGCUGAUCAAGGAUGAAAAGAGGGCUGAGAGCAUUCUGAGCAGAAUUCCUGCUGGGCGAUGGGGAAGCCCCGAAGACUUCAAGGGUGCUGUAGUGUUCUUGGCUAGUGCCGCGAGUGCAUACGUCAGCGGUGAGGUCCUCACAGUUGAUGGAGGCUGGAUGGGUAGGUAGAAUCUAGGUUAUGUUUAUAGGAGCCAGAUCAGAAAACCCUUAGAAUACGUCCAGACCUUGAAUCUAAUAACUCUUUUUCAUUUUCA